AUGGCCACCUCCAUAAGCAGCUCAUCCCCACGGUACAGCCGCUUCCAACAAGCCGUCGAAUCCCUCUACGGCAACUUCUCCUCCAUCGCGGACCCGGCCUCCUGGACCCCGCCCCCAAACUCCGGCGGCCACCGCGGCCGCUACCUCUGGACCGACGCCUUCGGCGUCCUCACGCUCCUCACCAUGCACCGCGAGUACGAGAAGUCACUGCGCGACGCCGCCCAAGCGCCCGACGAUCGGUACCUGGUGCUGGCGCGGCGGGUCGUCGAGACGGUGCACGAGGUGCUGGGCCGCACGCGCGACGGGCGCGCGCGGCUCCCCGGCGCCACGGACGCGAACCCGCUGGGCGGCGGCCUGCGCAUCGGCAAGAUGGACGAGCGCGGGCCCGACGGUGACGGCCAGUACCACCACUACCUGACGCUGUGGAUGUUUGCGCUGAACCGGCUGGCGGUGGCGACGGGCGAGCCGCGGUAUAACCGGCUAGGGGUUGCGCUGGCGCGGGCGAUCCACCCGCGGUUCUUUGUGCAGCGCGAGUCGGCGCGGCCGCGCAUGGUGUGGAAGAUGGCGAUGGAUCUGUCGGCGCCGCUGGUGGCGAGCGAGGGCAAUCUGGAUCCGGUCGAUGGGUAUGUGGUGUUUCGGCUGCUGCAGGGGGCGGCGAUGCAGAGCGGGGACGGGGCGGUGCUGGCGGAGGAGAUUGCGGAUUACAAGCGCGUGAUGGAGCGGAAGGGAAAGCACUUCGUGUCGAGCGAUCCGUUGGAUCUGGGGAUGACGCUGUGGACGGCGCAUUGGUUCUCGGAGAAGGAGGAUUGGGCGGCGCAGUUGGCCGGGCGGUGCUUUGAGCAGAUCUGUCCUCCUACCUUCAUCUUGGUUACCCCUGAGUAUGACUUGUUCGAGAUCAACCGCUACCUCGAGCGCAAUAUCAAGUACCGGCUGGCGUUCCGCGAGUUCGGCACGUGCAUGGGGAUCGAGUGCCAGGCAGCACAGACGACAGAGAAGGAACGCGCCGUCGACCUCAAGGUCUACGCGGACGCCAUAACCGCUGCCUGGGACCCGUACAUGGAGCUGUCCAUAUCGACGGACGUGACACCGGACGAUCUGCGGCCCAUCACGCGGAUCAUGUAUGCCGCGGCGUUGAUCCCUGGCGCCUUUCGAAGCGGAUACCCAGAGCCCCCGUGUCCGGAAAAGUAA